GGAGUCUUCGCCUCGAGUCAAAACAAAACAAAACAAAUCCAAAAAAAAGAUAUUGGACGAACGGAUAUUUGGACCCCCGCGAUGUAAAGGAGUCGCCAAAAACUCGCUUUUUACCGAAAACGGAUACUCGAAGGAAGCUGCGGGAACCUUUAGCGUACUUUUUUUCUCCCCCCCUCACGGAUUUUAAACUCUGAGAUAGCCGGAGCUCACCCAGCUAGGUGGCUAUCGUCUUGUUUUCAAAGUGCGGCGAGUUUUCGCCGACGAAGCUGCAAGGCAUUUGAACUCGCCGAGGAACCGGCCUUGCGGGUUUUGUCGUCCCGUGUGUGUGUCCCCCCCUCCAGGUUGCGGCUCGGAUCCGGACUCAGAUCCAGGUCUGGAGACGUUUUGAGUCCCGCUUUUCGAGCGUCGCGUGCUCCGGCGGAGUGCCGAGAAACAUGGCAGAUGGUGACACGCGCCUGCCCACAUUGCGGCGGACUGUGCAAACCUGAACCGGAUCAGACACCGACUUUUCCUCAUAUGUCCACUUCCUUUAUGGGGUUUUAUGUGUGUUCUGGUAACUCACAACACGUACUGCGCGGUUGUGUUAAAACGCUCCCUGUUCUCGCCGUUUCUUCAUGUCAGCGGGCCGGGACAACUUGGUUUGUUUGGUUGGAGCAGCUCUUGUGCAGCACAGGCCGAGCGGCGCCCAGCGUUAUCGUCACUUUUUUUCUUUCUUUUUUUUACGCUUCUCAUCAGUCCGGCGAACAAACUUUGCAGCCGACAAUCAACGUAUAGCACAGUUUAAUUUAGUGAAAUCUGCCUCGGGUUGGGUUAUGUUGGACUGAUUUACGAUUGCUUUUUGGGUGUUUGUUUGCGAACCGUUUUAAGUUACGCGGAUUUUUUUUAAGCAUGCGUUGAAUCUAGACAACACGUUGUUUACAAGUGGAGACGGGGGGGGGGGGGCUCCCUAAGAAGCUCUUUUGUAACAGUGACCCACUGCGGUGGCUGGCUAAUCCUUCCCCGUAGCUUCACAGGAGAAAAGUACCUUAGUGUGUUUUAAAGCGACCAAAACCGAGUGAGCUAAUAUAUUAGUAAAUGGUAAAUGGAUUGCAUUUAUAUAGCGCGUUUCUAGCUGCAACAGUCACUCAAAGCGCUUUACAAUCAAUGAAUGCCUCACGUUCACCCAUACACGCACGCACACGCUCGCUCACUCACUCAUACACCAACCAAUAUUCUGCAAGUAUGCUACCGCAUAUAUUUUUAACAGUUUGAUUUCACUUCUAAUUAUCGGUUACUGUUUUGGGAUUUUUUUUCUCAUUUCGUCUUAAAUAUAUAUCUUCUCCAAUUUUGCACAUCCAAAACGUUUAUUUUACACUUUAGUUUAUGUAGAGCGGUUUAUGUUUUUUUUCCCGUGUACUCGGGUGAGCCUAUUGCAAGAAAGUCAACGACAAUUUUUUGUCACUGUAGUUUAAGACAAAGAUAGACAAAAGUUGCGAAUCCAGAUGUUUCGGUAUUCGUUCCCCAUCGGACCCUUUGUUCUUCUAUUCAAACAAAGGAAUCCUCACCCAAGCCCUCAUUUACUCUGAUGUAAAUCGGAAGGUUUAUGAUAGUUACUAUUAAGGAGAUUAUUUGGGUUCCCUAAUCUCCAAUCUCAGGAUUAACUGAAGCUAUUGGUGUAUCCAGAUUAUUGCGUCUCUUUUCGAGACCUACUCUUCACCCCCUGGUGGGAAAAACAUAUUGUGUUUGGAAGUUAUUGAACCAACAACCUUUUUAUGUUUGGCCAACCUGGGUCACGUCUGUGUGUUUACCCUCGUGUUUAUUCUGCUCUACACUGCGCUUCUCGUUUCUGACACUGACCGCAUUUCGGGGUCAAAUCGCUCGACCCAACCUCUCGCCAUGGACGAGUCAUCGGUACCCCCGAUUGACCCAGAUUUUGAGCCUCAGAGCAGACCGAGGUCUUGCACAUGGCCUCUGCCGAGACCCGACAUCUCAGCUGUCAAGCCGGAGGGGGGAGAUGGCCCUGAGUCCGCAGCGGGGACCCCGCCCGCCGACGAAGACAAGCAGGAGCCUCAGCCAAUCACGUCCGAGCCCGAGAAAGCGGUCGCCGCGGAGGGUGGAGUCGUAGCCGGAGUGGGUGGUGCGACGCCCCGGAAGGGAUCGUCAAGGCGCAACGCGUGGGGGAACCAGUCCUACGCUGAUCUGAUCAGCCAGGCGAUAGAAAAUUCGCCCGAGAAACGCCUCACCCUGGCACAGAUCUAUGACUGGAUGGUGAAAACCGUCCCGUAUUUCAAAGAUAAAGGGGAUAGCAACAGCUCAGCCGGAUGGAAGAAUUCAAUACGCCACAAUUUAUCACUCCACAACAAGUUCUUGCGUGUGCAUAAUGAGUCAACAGGCAAGAGCUCCUGGUGGAUGCUCAAUCCGGAAGGGGGCAAGACUGGGAAGGCCCCUCGCCGUCGGGCUGCCUCCAUGGACAACAGUAGCAAAUUGUUGAAGAGCCGGAUGAGAGCCAAGCAGACCAAGAAGCAGGCUGGAGCCGUGGGCCUCGGGGGUGCUGGUGGGGCGCUGCAGGGGGAUGGUAGCACAGGGUCAGCGGGUGCAGACAGCCCCAACUCAUCCCAGCAGUUUUCCAAAUGGGGAGUUAACAGCAGCAGCCCCUCAUCCCGUGGCAGCCUUGAUGACCCUGACAUGUGGACCAGCUUCCGCCCGCGCACUAGCUCUAAUGCUAGCACCCUGAGUGGCCGUUUGUCCCCCAUCGCCCCUGGUCAAGAGGAGGAGGAGGAUUUGCCUGAGGAAGGACUCCUUGGGGGCUAUCCGACUAGCAACUUGCCCCCAACUCUUACUGAAACCCUAAUGGAGGAGCUAGACCUGAUUGACGGCCUCACACUGAUGACUGGGCAGCAGGGAGGAGCCAGUCCUAGCACAGCCCCGCCAGCACCCCCUACUCCGCUGCCCUCUGCUUCAACCCUGUUGCCUCGAGGAUCCAAUUUCCCUUCCUUCCGCCAGUUGCAACCCUCUAACCUCCCGCAAGCCUCCAACCAGACAGGGAAUCAGACCUCUGGGCCUAGCGGCACCAAGCCAUCUAACUUUGGAAACUCACUCUUCAACCCCUUGCCCAGCCCUGGCUCCCGCGGGAGUGGCCAUUAUGGCACCCACGUGCCCUCAAGCCUAGAGGCACUGCUCACCUCUGACUCCCCUCCUCCCAGUGAUGUCAUGAUGACUCAGGUGGACCCACUCAUGCCUAGCCCAGGAGGAGUUGGGUUGAUGGGGUUGGGUGUGCCCAUGGUGACUGGCAGAUCUAAACCUAACCAGCUGCUGUUGGGUAAGGGGCUUGAACCAAACACACCUGCGCCCAUGGUACUGCAGCCUCAGCUGCAGCCACCUCAACACCACCUCCACCACCAACAGCAACAGCCACCACACCAACAGCAGCAGCAACAACAGCAGCAGCAGCAACAGCAUCAGCAGCAUCUGAGCUCUCAGAUGGGGCUUGGAAUGAUCCUCUCAGGCAUGACCCAGGACCCUACGCAACUCCCAUCUCUCAAAGCCCAGCACACCCAGGUGCCAGUCGUCAGCCCUCAUCAUGGAGGGGCCAUCCCCACCACUAACCCCAGUGGGAACCUGCAAGGAAUGGGUCAGUUUGGAACUCCAUCCUGCUUCCUGCCGAGUCAAGACCGUCUCCCCACAGACUUGGAUAUAGAGAUGUUCACAGAGAACCUGGACUGUGAUGUAGACUACAUCAUCAACAGUGACCUCAUGGAUGGAGAUGGCAUCGAUUUCAACUUUGACCCCAUUCUACCAGGAGGCCAAGGCUACUCUGGCCCAGCCACCACGCAGAGUUCUGCCCACAACUGGGUGCCCAGCUAGCUUCACAAAAAAAAAAAGUAAUAUUAGCCAGGAAAUUAUCCCACUCAAGAUCACCUCACAAAAUGAUACAGCAACACGAUGAACACAACUGGUGCAUUCCUUCCCCUGUUGGCUGAAGAUCUGUUUUCAAAGAUCUUUCCUCUUGGACUCAAAGAUUAAACCAGACCUCAAACACGCUGUGUGCCAAGACAUGCAGAGGACAGGGAGGGGAUUAAGGCUACUAUGCACAACUUUUUCUCUUUAAAUUUUGAACACACAACUUUUUGGCUGCUGACCUUUUUUCAAUUUCAAGUUGUUUUUUUUUUGAGAGGUGUGUGAUACAAACUAUAAUGAAAAGACAAAUCACAACUAACUGCUCUUAUCUAGUUGGAGUUACUAUUGCAAUUACACCGAAUAGCUUUAAGGUGGAUAUGGUACCCCUGCGCGUGAUGUCUGCACACAAUUUGGAGUGAUGGUGUGCAGUUUGGAGAGGUGGCUAGUUUUGCCAUGAAAUGCCCAACUUUUGAGAAUGCUGUUUGGAUAUCGAUGUCAAAAAUAAGGUGCAAACCCAUCCUCUACUGGCUGCUCUCAAAGGAAAAGGCAACACAGUGACUGGAUAAAUCUUUUGAGGCAUCAGACUCAGUAGGUGGGGGGGGGAGAUUAUGGUUGACACUGAGGUUUCAGAUGCAUGAUUCAACAUUGGCUACAAAUUCUGACCAUAGGUUUGUGGUCACAAAGCGGUACGAACUGUACAGUUUUGUUUCUCUCCCAUUCAGGAGAGGAGAGAAGAGAAGACAAGCUAAUUUGGUUUUCUUCAAUGAAAUUUUUGAUUUCACAGUGAUUGAGUAUGUAUUUGCAGCUUGGCAUUUUUGACUUCAAUCCAGUGUGUUAAAUUUAUAAGUGGAUGUCACUUGGAGGGAGUGUUUUUUUUCCAUCCCUGAUGUGCAGUUAAACUAACAAAAUGAAGAAAUGUGAUUUGUGAAUUUAUAUAUGGGGCAUUCAAGGUUCAAGGACACAUUUAUAUUCGCCAACAAGUGAUUAGUUGGACAAGUGUUAUAUUGUCUUAGACAGCAUAUGCCUCUGCUAUUUAAUGAAUGGGGUUAUAUAUAUAUAUACAUAUAUAUAUAUAUAGUGCCCCAUCCAUUCACAGAACCUGUGCAUUUUCAAAGCACUUAGUGUUUCCUAUCAUGUGGCUUCACGCACAGGGACAUACAUAAGAUAGGAUCUUUGUGAGGUUUUACCAUUUCAUUAAAGAGAAUUUAAAAAGCCGUCAUACAUGUGAUGUACGCAUUGUACAUACUAUAUGUAUGUGACACGCUAUGCAGAUUUUAUCAGGAGAACUACAUAAAAUCUUGAAGGACAUUUUUAAAGAUCUCUUGAAGGGUUUUGCUAUUUAAACGGUUUCCUGGUAUUUUGUGGUGUCCCUUUAUUUCAGGGAUAAAGAGGGUUUCUAUGAGAACUUCUCGUUGAUUACAUUUUGUUAUAAAGUACUAACAGUCCUUUUUUGAGAAAUUAUUACAAUGUGUGAGAAGUAAAAAAAAAAAGAAUAUAUUUGACUAUAGUUUUAAUAUACAAUUUAGAUGGAGGUAAUGAAUGAAUUAUUAAUACAUAUGAAUAUAUUACUAAUCAGAAGCAAAGUUUUUUUUUUUUUUCUACAUUUGCAGAGAGCAAUGUCAAAUCAUUUUUAACGGUAAUUUUCUAUACUUUUUAUUUUUGUAAAAGGAUGAGAUGCAUGUAGAUUUUUUUUUUACAUAACCAAAGGAACACUAAUAUUUGCAUGGUAGGUAGGGAGCGCUUAGGUCUGACACAAUGAAUCUCAGCAUAGAUGAGCUUUGUAAAGAAAAAUGCUUUUUGGAGAACUCUUUGAGAUUGAACCAAGGCAAAACAGAUGAGGCAAAGUACAAGCACAACAGGCCGGUUUGACCUAUAAAAAAAAAUUCCCAAUGAUCUACCAUUUAAGUUUUUACAGUGUGCUUUUGUUAUUGUGAUAUCAGAAAAAAAAUAAUAUCUGCGCUUGAAAUGUGGCGAGGAGAACGGACAUUUCAUUGUCCCCAUUUUUUAUAAUGGUGAAUCUUCAUCUCAAGCAAGACGUGAUGCAACCAUCAGCUCUCAGGGUCACUCAGACACGUAAUGACGACGGGGAUGCAUGGGAGUAAAUCGGAGAAAAGAAAAUUGAUGCAUCCUACUUUCUCUGUCAAAAACAGACUGGAAAACCUAACAGCCCUUAACCUAUGUUUUGUUACUGGGGACGUUAUCUUCAACCGUUGACUCUUAAAAAGAAUUGAAUUUCCAUUUUUAGAGAAGUGUAUUCAAGCUCUCUAGCCAUUUCUAUUGAUGCUAGCCUUUUCCCUCGAGGUCAUUUUGACUGCCAGUACUGCAACACUAUAGCAUGUUACUCAGUAGCAACACAAGACUUCAUGUACUUUUGUUUCCCUUAAAACUUUUUUUUUGUGAUAGCCUAAAGUUUGUACUUAUUUUGUUUUUCAUAUCCGGUGAAGGUCAUUUAAUGUCAACUUUUUUGUCGUUGUUUUGUUGUCGUCGUUGUCAUUAUUGUCCGUGGAUUCGGAAUUUCCACCAGAAAUGAAAUACCCACAGUUAAACUUCAAUAUUCAUCCUCUCACUGUGGCUGCGUGAAUAUGUUGGUCUCUGGAUUUGUAUAUAGCACUCUGUGGCAAAUGUUCCUCUAUUGAAUGGUGCUAGAUGUCUCUUAUGGCAUACCUUAAAGUACGCCGUGAUGCGAUGGGUGCACAAUUACAUAGAAUCGGGGCCUUUAAAUGGCCUGUAUACAACAUUAUCUUGGAUUGGUUAUUAAGGUGAUAGUUAGCAUACAAUCAAUAACCCCAACCCUAUUUAUCUCUUGUUUUUCCAUCUAUAUUAUGACCUCCCCUUCCCCCUGAAACUUUGUCACUUAAUGUAUAGAUUUGGGAGAAUAACAAAUUACCAGUUUAUGUACACUACAAAAUGGCACCUUUUUGUUUUUUUUUUGUAUUAAAUCAUCCAUGACACAGAUGUAAUCGUUUCAGAAAGAUUACACUGAAAUCCCUUUUAUUUUUUUGCUUUUUUGAGAUUUUUGGCCUAAUCCGUUGGAAAUCUUCUGCUCUCUUGACAUUCAGCUACCCGUUUGCAUUUGAUAGGAGAGUCCAAUUUUAAACUGAGGAGUGGCGGCUGUGAUUGUGAGUAGACAUCCCCUUGCAUUAACAGUAUUCGCUGUGCUACGCCUUGAUGUAUGCAUAGCUUACCUCCAAUGCUGCCUCAUAAACUCAGCUGUGGCGUUAUCAUUUGCAUUGUAUCUCCCAUAUAUUACAACUGUUUUAAUUUUUUUCUCACUUUUUACCUUAACUCUCAUUUUAUGAUUAAGUAGUAAUUAGUCACUGUAAGUUUUUUCUUAAAAAUAAAUUUAAGACCCCCCUCACUUGAUACAGCAUUUUAGUAUUUGAAAAGGGUUGUUUUCUAAUUUUUUUUCUUCAUAUGGGUGGGUUGGGGUCAGGGAUGAAUGAAUUGUGCAUAAGCCAAUAUGUUUAUUUCUUUUAAUAAUGUUGAUAGUAUUUCUUUCUCCCCCCCCCCUCAAUCUUUGUUUGCAUAAUGUAAAGUCAGCCAGAGAUGACAGUAAACAUAUUUCUGAACAGUGGAAAUAAACUUAAUCUCUUUAA